AUGAGACAGCUUGUCCCCAGACCUGUGUCUUGGCUGGCAUCGGUGGUGGACACGGGAAGGGAAGUCACCCACCGGUGCUCCGUGGAUAGCCGAGUCACCCGCGUGGCCUGGCUAAACCGCAGCAGCAUCCUCUAUGCCGGCAACGACAAGUGGUGCUUGGACCCCCGAGUGGUGCUCUUGGCCAACACCAAAACCCAGUACAGCAUCCAGAUCCAAGACGUGGACGUGUACGAUGAGGGCCCCUACACCUGCUCCGUGCAGACAGACAAUCACCCCAAGACAUCGCGCGUCCAUCUCAUCGUCCAAGUGUCUCCGAAAAUCAUCGAGAUCUCUUCCGACAUCUCCAUCAACGAAGGCGGCAACGUCAGCCUCACCUGCAUAGCCACGGGCAGGCCAGAUCCAACGAUCACCUGGAGACACAUCUCGCCCAAAGCCGUGGGCUUCAUCAGCGAGGACGAGUACCUGGAGAUCACGGGCAUCACGCGGGAGCAGUCCGGGGAGUACGAGUGCAGUGCCUCCAACGACGUGGCAGCGCCCGUCGUCCAGCGAGUCAAAGUCACCGUCAACUACCCGCCGUACAUCUCGGACGCCAAGAGCACCGGGGUGCCGGUGGGGCAGAAGGGCAUCCUGCUGUGCGAAGCCUCCGCCGUCCCCUCCGCCGACUUCCAGUGGUACAAGGACGACAAGCGGCUGGCUGAAGGACAGAAAGGACUGAAAGUGGAGAACAAAGCCUUCUUCUCCAGACUGACUUUCUUCAACGUCUCCGAGCAGGACUACGGCAACUACACCUGCGUAGCCUCCAACCAGCUAGGGAACACCAACGCCAGCAUGAUCCUCUACGAAGAGACAACUACCGCUCUGACACCCUGGAAAG